AUGAUGAAAUGUCCAUGUAACCGUUGUCUUCUAACCAAAUCUUUGUCAAAAGAUGAUAUCGAAGGUGACUUGAUGUGCUAUGGGUUUUUAAGCUCUUACACAAGUUGGAUACUACAUGGAGAGGAAGUGUGUGUCACAGGAAAUACAAGACUACCGUCUGAUGUUAAUGAGUCUGAAUUGGAUUCAACUUUGAAUCUUUUAGAUGACAUUUUUCCUGAUAUUAGUGUGAAUAUGCCUGGUGAAUAUGAAAAUGAAACGACCAGUCAACCUAUGGGCGCAGACAGACCAUCAACUUCCAGUGGAACCUUUGGAAAAGGAGAAAGUUUUGAUGAGUUGUUUGCUGAUUAUAAUCAAGAGCUGUAUCCAGACUGCACUAAGUUCACGAAGUUGUCCUUUAUACUGAAACUAUACCAUAUCAAAUGUAUGUGCAAGAUUAGUGACAAGGGAAUGUCCAUGGUGCUUGAUUUGAUGAAAGAAGCAUUUACACAUGCUAAAUUGCCAGAUUCGUUUAAUGAUAUGAAAAAGAUGCAGAAAGAGAGAUUUGCAAGGAUUAUGGAUUUCAUGGAUUCAGAGACACAACCUCCAGAUGAUUCACCGCAUUUAGAAACAAGUUUCAAUGCGCCUCCUCCACUUGCUCCAGAAUGUAAAAGCUUCAAAUGGAAAAUACAAGUGAUAGGUCAAUUAAGCAAUGAUGUGAAUUUGCUACCUAUCAAUUACAGUGAUUGGAGGAUGGUCAAUAUUCACACUAAAAGAAAAGCGUGGGAUGUUAUUCAGUCCAAAUUUUGGUUUGAUGAUCCAACGAUGAGAAAAGGAUAUGUGAUGAGUGCAUUGGGAAGCAGAUGCAAAGAUGUCAAACUACGUCUUUGGAAAGAACACAAACGAAAUGAUCAACUUCAAACAUUGCAGAAUCGACCCAAUAAUGUUCCUGAAGAACAAUGGGAGCAUUUUGUGCACAUGAGAUUUACUGAAAAAUGGAAGAAAAUGCAAGAGAGGAAUACAAAGAACCAAAAAAAACAUACUAUGCCUCAUGUAUGUGGAAGAAAGAGUUUCUCGAGAAAAAGAAAUGAUAUAACAAUCAGAACCGGAAAAACUCCAUGUCGAGCAGAGUUUUUUAUUGAGACGCGCACGAAACCUGAUGGAAGCUUUGUAUGUGAAGAGGCAAAAACACGAGCGGAAGCGCUUACAACUUUGUUGAAUCAAAAUUCUCAUGGCACAAGCAAUGUUGCAGCCACACUGGAUGAUGAAUUUGCUCAAGUUUUUGGUCCGGAGCGUCCAGGACGAGUACGUUGUGUUGGUCGAGGACCUACACCAUCAAAAUUGGUGAGACGUUGUACUGCAACUAGACAAGAGGUGGACAAUUCUGAAAUGGUCGUUGGGUUGCAGACACAAGUGAAAGAACUAUCAAAUCAAGUUAAGGGAAUGAGUACUUUCAUCCAACAAAUAAUUGGUACUUCAACCGGUGAACAGGCAAGAGCAUGGGCUGCAAGUUUUGCAGUAGCUUUUGCUAACAUACCAAACCCACCUUUCGCAAACAUACCGACUCCAUCUAAUCCUAAUCAGGAAAUGCAAUGAUGCAGGUGUCCAUGGAUAUUCAAAUGUUGGAAACUAUGCUGGUGAUCAUCAUAGAUUGAUUGUAUUAUGGAUGAAUUAUGUAAUUCAGAUGCUUGUAGAUUAAUUAGUAAUUCAGAUUUGUGUUUUUCUUUAAAAAAAUAUUUUUUCGUUUUCUAAAAUAUAAUAUUUUUAAUAUUAAUAAUAAAUACGGAAAUAAUAAAUAUUUUCAUCACUUUUUAUAAGUGAUACAUUUAAUUAGAAUCAUUUGUGAAAACUGAAAUAAAUGUAACAUCAAUUAUAAGUAAAUGAUACCAAUACUUUAAAUCGGUAACUAUAUAAUGAUACAUUUUUGAAUCACUUCUUAAAAUUGAUAUUAAUUAUAUGUCAGUUAUUUAUAAGUGAUACAAAUUAUUAAAUCAAUUAUUUUAAUUGAUAGAAAUACUUACAUCAUUUAAUAUAGUUGAUGUAAGAACUAAUAUCAUUUAUCAGAAAUUGAUACAUAAUAACAUCAUUUAUGUAAAUGAUGUAAAUAAUUUAUAUUUUUGUAUCAAUUAUUAAAUGAAUUGAUGUAAAUUAUUUGCAUCACCACUUUCAGAGUCACUUUUUUAAGUG